UGGUCGGUUCAAGGACUCAAGGAUGAGCGCUUUGGUUUCAACUGCUGUUUGAUACAACUCUGAAAUCAGUAUCAAAGGUUGUUACCGACCGAGCAUCACUGCGAGGUAUUCGUGGCUUCGUGCUGAUGUCUCAAUUGCACCGCCGAGCGGAAAGUAGUACGCUUUCUCUCAUGAUGCAAAAAGCAUCGGUUACGUUAGGACCGCCCUGGCAACUUGCUUGGUCUGCUGUAUGCAUGUGUCGCAAAACGGCUUCCAUGUGCCGGCUGGGUAAUGCAAGCACUGGAAACUCGACACGUUCUGGAACUCGCAACGGUAUACUUGCAGAUGACCUGAUUUCAAAUUGGGAAACAUUGGCCAUCAAGUAUAAGAUAUUCGAUCGUUACGGCACGUGCAUGAUUCAUAUAGAAGGACGGGACCAGAUCGUGCAGGACGUCGAUCAUAGACGGUCAAAAUUUCGAGCACAUGAUCCGGAUUCUGGGAGAUAUGCUACCACCGCCUUCUGUUGUCCGGUUCUCGCUCGGCUAUGGCUGCGGAAAGCAUGUCAUAUCUCAAUGCUUGCUGGUUUGAGCAUACGCCCGGUCAAGCACGAGUACAAGCAAUAUAUAAUUAAGUCGAAAUGUCAUAUAGGACCAGGGCACAUCCGCUCCCCGCAUCUCGCCCAAGCUGGAUGGUUUAUGUCUAAGCUAGGUCGUCGAAGCUUUGUGGCGAUUCAUUCCUGCCGAAGUGUCGUCCGAUCGCUGUUAGCCUAUGGACUCUGAAGAGUAAGCAUACCAUGUGGGCUAUAUCACGCUGGUCGCCGCGAAAGGACCAUGCACCUCCAGCGUCUGUCGCAGAUCCGGGAUCGCAAUGCCGCUUGAGGGAAGUCCAGAAAGAGAAAACAUUUGCGGCUCUUACGCACAGACUACAAAGCCUAUUUUGCAACAUGUGAGGCAGGAAAGGAUGUAUGGAGUACUAUCACAUUGUGCCUAGCGGUGGUACUUUUCAAGGACAACAAUUCAUGCGUCGCAUUGUGCUGAUCCUGUGAGCACAGUAACGACGAGAGCUAGUCAACUGUUGUCUUUCUACC